GACGGGCGCUCGGACGCCGGGCCCGCCUCGCCGCCGCCCGGCCUCGCCGCCGCCGCCGCCGCCGCCGCCCUCGCGGGCCUGGCCCCGCGGCGCCCCGGCGCGCCCCGCCGCUCGGGGGGAUGUCUUACAAACCGAACUUGGCCGCGCACAUGCCCGCCGCCUCCCUCAACGCCGCUGGGAGCGUGCACCCGCCCUCCACCAGUAUGGCGACGUCCUCACAGUACCGCCAGCUGCUGAGCGACUACGGGCCACCGUCUUUAGGCUACACUCAGGGAACUGGGAACAGCCAGGUGCCCCAAAGCAAAUAUGCUGAGCUGCUGGCCAUCAUCGAGGAGCUGGGGAAAGAGAUCAGGCCCACCUAUGCGGGGAGUAAGAGCGCCAUGGAGAGACUAAAACGAGGCAUCAUUCAUGCCAGAGGACUGGUUCGAGAGUGCUUGGCUGAAACGGAGCGGAAUGCCAGAUCCUAGCUGCCUGUUUGCGUGGAAGGUUUUCCGUCUUCUUCCAAGAAGAGAAGUUAUAGCUCAACUCCCACGUUCAGAUGAAACUCUUGUUUUCAAAAUGGUAACAGUUCGGUUUCUCCUUCCUGUGUCCCUGCCAUGGUUCAUGAGGCUCUAAGAUUGAGAAAUAUUUUGCCGUUGAUUAGGAUUUACAUUUUAAAUAGUUAGGAAUUACCCAGGUUUUUUUUUCUUUUUUUUUCAAGCAUUGAUUUAGAAGAUGCACGGAAAAGAUACCUAUCUCACAGCAAAGAUACCAGUGUCUCCCUUUUAUCUUCCCUUUUGAAUACCGUUAUGUUACCCAGAUUGUUCUUCGUUCCUUUUCAUAAGCUAAUACAACAACUCCAGGGUUUUGUUUCUAGUGCAUACGUUUGCCACAUGGUGUGGAUUCUGCUUAAUGUAACUUCUUUUGUGCUUAAGCAUUUGCCUGCAUGACUAUUAGUGCUUUGAGGUCAAAUUUAAAAAUGCACAAGUUAUAAAUACAGAAGAAAGAGCAACCUACCAAACCUAACAAGAACCCCCGAAAAUAUUCCUACUAAGACUGUGUGUGGAUUUCAGUUCUGCCUUUCGUGUAAGUUGAUCCAAACAUCUGGAAGAAAAUGAUUAAAACUGUUUGCAUCUUUGUAUGUAUUUAUUACUUGAUGUAAUAAAGCUUAUUUUCAUUAACAA